GGGGGGGUGAUUUCAAUGUCUACUUAAGAAAGGUCUUUGAGUACAGUCGCAGAAAGUUGAAUGGCCUUAUUUAAUAAAAUAUACUUUACAUAAAAAAAAAACUAUAUUCAACAAGCACGUAUCUAUAACAAUCAGAUAUGAAAAAUUCAUGCACACAUAUUAUAACCCAAGCAGUAAUUAUUGUUCAACGGUCAGCAAUAAAAAAUGUUAAGAUAAGACGUCAUAUAUAGAUAAGAAAUAGGUCAUAUUAAGAGAAAGGUAGUAAUGCUGACUUUUAAAUUAACCAAUGGCCUUUUAAGAAAGGGAAAAAAUAUUUUUGAAAAACUUUAACAAAGAAUUGAAUAUAGAAGGUUUUCUGGAAAAGAUUAGUCUUUAAGCGUCUAUUGUUUCCUAACCUUCUCUUAAAUUAUAGUUGAAUUAGAUAUUAAAUCUAUAUUAAAUGCCAACAUUGAAAGCAGAUUCCUUAUUGGCUAAAAUUGACAGAUUAUAUUAUAAUUAGAAAUAGGAUACAUUUAAUUAAAUGAUAUUUUAGACUUUUCUUUUUCCACUAAAGGUUGAUAUGAUGACCCAAGGAGAUUCCAUCUACGACAUAAUUGAUAAGAGAGAUCAUUCUAUCGUACAAUCUCAAUUAGCCAAUGCACCCUUUAAUCCUAACCCUUUAACCGGAAUGGAUGAACGCAACUUCUUUUGUAAAAUGAAUGUUUCGAGAACUCUAAGGAGACAGACUGGAUUUGGUGAUCACAAAGUGAUGCACAUUCAAGGUCAUUUUAUUCAAGCUCCGCAGCAAUCCGACUUGGCUAGACAACCAGUUUUCAUGGCUGUGUGCAGUCCUUUGAUAACACCCGAUGUUAAGGAGAGUCUUAUUCAAAAUAAUACAAUGGUUUUUCAAACUGUGCAUUGUUUGGAUAUGAAAUACAUGGAAAUGGCAUACAAUGGUGAAUUCCAUUUAGGCUAUACUGAGAAUGAGAUUCAAGGACUUUCCUGGUACAAGCUUAUUCAUCCAGAAGAUGUACAAGAAGCAAAGGAGAAGCACAGUCAAUUGAUCAAAUCUAGCCACGAGAUGGGUUGUAUGCUUACUCUAAGAAUGUUUGCCAAGGAUGGAACAUGGAUUUGGGUGAAUUUGGUUAUGCACAUAAGACAACCAACUGCUUGCAAUAACGGAGAACCAGCAAUCGUUUGCAUAAAUCAUGUGCUAAGAGAAGCCGAUGCGGUACAUUUUAAGCUACAAAGUCAAAUGUAUAGCUCCCAUAUUGCAAGAUCACCUGAAGUUUUAACUCAGUCUGGCUCUAGCCCAUCGCAUAGUAUCACUCCUAUUCGAGUCGAGAAAGAUAGCCUUCCUCCGUUUUCUGGUUUCGCUACACAGUUGGAGUCACCUUCAUCGGUACAAAGUUCUACUCCACCAUCAGCUUCACCGUCUUUUACACAGUUGUCCGACAAACCAACAAUAAAGCAAGAUAUUCAGAACAGAAUCAAAAGAAAGUUGGAUAAUUCUAGCAAUGCGAAGAAAUGUGGAAGGCCUAAAAAAGCAAGACUGAAUUCGAGCAGUUCGAGUGGAUCUGGAACUUCAAUCGAAUCAUUCAAUCAGCCCAUUUCUGUACACGGCAGCGUUUGUUACGCUCCAGUCGAAGAAGCAUCCGAUGUACAAUACAUCAGUAACGUCUUACCUAACUGCUUUACACCCAUCAAUUUGAAAGCUGAAUCACAAGUAGACUUGGGCGUUUACGAUAAAAUCGAAGAUAUAAUCAAUAUGGAUAGAUUCGAAGAUAAUGAAGAGACGAUAAUGGAUGAUACUAAAGCUAAGAUGAAAGUUGAAAUACCGUGGUCCCUUUUGACACCAGAUUCUUCCCCAAUUCGAUCACCACCUAUAGAAGAUCUCGAGAAUCGGACCAAUUUAUUGGCUGACGUAACAGAAGUUGUUAAUCAAGAUCAGGAUUUUACGACUAGACCUCAAAAUUCUGCUGAUUUACCAACAUUGGACGUAUUGGCUCUAGAAGAUUACUUGGAUCAAGUUGAGAGUCCUGCAAAGGAUGAGACGAAAGAUGAAGCUGAGAAUUUACUCUUCCAGCUAAAUGAUUCUCAAUUAUCACAUGUCGUUGCUAUGGUAACAGACCUACUCGUCAAUAUAAUGGCACCUCCCAGUGCCAAUCAAGAGUCACCGAAAGUACAUUGUUAAGCACAAAAAUUAUUCUUUUUCUACAUAUUUUGAGGCUGUCAGAUGGUAAGAACUUUGGUGAGAAAAUAAGGCUGGCCCAAAAAUUUAAAAAGUUCUUACUGUCUCACAGUCAAGUUUAUGCUGGACAUAAAUUCAUUUUAAUCGUAAUCGUGUUGUAAUCCUUGUCAUUUUGUAUGGUUUGUGUUUUACAUUACUAUUAUCAUAUUUUUCUCGUAGUGAUUGCUAACUGUGCUGGACAUGGUUUAUAUUAAUGUUGUAAAAGAGGCUGGACCUCUACUAUCGUUACAAAAAUAUUUUUGCAACUGGUUUGCUUAGUUUUUAAUACAUUCGGGCAUCGGUGUAUUGUGAUUAUUAAAUUUUCUAGUAUUUUCUUAAACAUUCAUUAUAAAAAAAAUGAGACAAAAGCAAGUGUAAUUCACAAAGUAUAAACAAACAAAAGAGUCAAAGAGUUCGAAGAAUAACAAAGAAGAAAAAACAAACAAUAACAAAGAAAAAACAGAGUCAAUUAACACUUUUAAUUCGAUUAAAAUCAAUUUGUCAGAAUUAGAUACAAUUAAUCUAUGUCACAGUUGAUAUUGUUUGAGGUAUGUGUCUUUUUUUUUACUAUAAAAUUAUACUUGAUAAACAAAAACAAUAAAAAAUGACAACAUAUUCAUACAAAAUUUCUAUAUCGAUGUGAAUAUAUUCUGUGCAUUUUACGAUACUUUAAAACAUUCAACAAUGAUGAUAUACAAAGUUCAUACAGUACAUUGAAAUCUGUAUAAAAUAACAGGUGAAAAGUUCACCAGCAGAGAAACGCAAGACAGCGAGGAAGAGCUACAUCCAACAAGAAAGCUUAUUAAUAAAAAUGUAGAAUGAAGAAGAUAUGGCGAUGACAACAGUAUAAUCGUAUUGUACACAUAUAUAGAUAUAGCAUUGAAUACAAAAUGUUAAAUGGGACUUUUUAAUAAAACACAUUUGAAACAAAGGUUGGCCGAUUGUCUACAAUUCAAUUUUAUAUACAUAUAUACUGUAUAUAGUAAUAUAUAGCAAAAGAGAGUAACGACUUAUCAUUGAUUGUUAAAUAUGAGGAAAUAUGAAAGAUUUCUUUUUAUAUAUUGAAUAACAAUUUCAAUUUAAGAGCCGUUUUUUUACCGAACUUUUAUGCCUAUAAUAAUUGUGUUCAUAUUUGUGAAGUAAAUAUAUAAGUAUAAGAAUGCUAAUAUUCGUCUUAAAAGUAUAU